AAAAAGAAGGCAAUGAGGGAAUAGGGAUAGGGGCUCAGAGGGGAAGAAAGGGAAAAACAAAGUCGCUGCCUUCGUUUUACUGGUUGAAACAUUCAGCUGGUGUUGAACUGAAGAUUACUGAAUGCUUGCUCUUGGGAAAGGAAAAGGUCUCAACUAAAUAAUACCCACCAUGAUUCUUCGGCAAAUGGCGACGAAACUUCAUACUUGUAAUAUAUACUUGCACACUAACAAAAACAGCGCAGAUCUUGCAAAUGCAAUCGCUGAGUUCAACAAGGAGAUGGAGUCAGUUUUUGGCGAUCCUCCUCCUGUUGGUAAUGGUAGCUCCAUGAACAACCUUCCAUUAACUCAAGACACUGCAUUUGUACCUCCAGGCAUCAAAGAAAAUAUAAACGAGAAACACCUAACGCACAUUAGCAAAAGUGGGGAGGCUCAGAUGGUAGAUGUAUCUAUGAAGGAAACAACCAAGAGAGUUGCCAUUGCAGGUUGCAGAGUUAUUCUGGGGCAAAAGGCGUUCAAUAUGGUCUCUGAAAAUCAAAUAACCAAAGGAGAUGUCCUCACUGUUGCAAAGAUUGCUGGUGUCAAUGGUGCAAAGCAAACAAGCAACCUAAUUCCAUUAUGUCAUAAUAUUAGUUUGACCCAUAUUCGAGUCGACCUUACAUUGAAUAAGAAGGAUUUUAGUGUUGAGAUAGAAGGAGAAGCUGCGACAACGGGGAAAACCGGGGUAGAAAUGGAAGCCAUGACAGCUGUUACCAUUGCUGGCCUCACAGUUUAUGAUAUGUGCAAGGCUGCUUCGAAAGAUAUCCAAAUUACAGAUGUUAGGCUUGAGCAUAAGAUGGGGGGGGGGGGGGGGGGGGGGGUGGGGGGAAUGGUCUAG